AUGAGCUCUACGGAUGAUCGUUUAGAGGAUAUUAUAAAGACUAUAGAUUUUGAGAAGGCUAAAAAAACUUCGAAGUACUCUAAAUUUAAAAGGAAAAAUAAAUCUAAAAAGGAGACCAGUAACGCUACCAAGACUUUUGAACCUCCUACUUGGCCUGUAAGUUCUGUCGAAGACUUGUUUCCUACAAAAAUUUAUCCUCAAGGUGAAAUUCAAGACUACAUCGAAGAGAACUCCUAUAGAUGUACGAAUGAAGAAAAAAGAGCCUUGGAUAGGUUGUCUGAAGAUAUGUACAAUGACGCCAGAAAGGCAGCAGAAGUUCACCGUAUAGUAAGAAAAGAUCUUCGAGAAUUUAUGAAACCAGGUUUAACAAUGAUUGAGAUUUGCGAGAGGGCUGAGCACGCUGUGCGAACGUUAAUUAAGGAAAACGGCCUUAAAGCCGGUAUCGCUUUUCCCACUGGUUGUUCAUUAAAUCACGUGGCAGCCCACUACACUCCAAAUAGAGGGGAUCCCACCGUUCUGCAGUACGACGACGUGUGCAAGGUCGACUUUGGAACUCACGUGAAUGGACUAAUUAUUGACUGCGCCUUUACUUGGACAGCCAAUCCCAGAUACGACCCGUUGGUUGCCGCAGUCAAGGAUGCUACUAAUACAGGGAUCCGUACGGCGGGGAUCGACGUCCGACUGUGCGACAUUGGAGCGGCUGUGCAAGAGGUUAUGGAGUCCUACGAAAUUGAGUUGGGCGGUGAAACGAAGCAGAUCAAGCCAAUCAAUAACUUGAGCGGACAUUCUAUUGAUCGAUACAGGAUACACGGGGGGAAAAAUGUUCCAAUCGUUAAAGGUGGCGGUGAAACGGACCGGAUGGAGGAAGGAGAAUUUUACGCUAUUGAGACAUUUGGCUCAACGGGAAGAGGACACGUUAGAGAUGAUCUGGAUUGCAGUCAUUACAUGAAAAACUUUGCCGGCCGUCGGGCGCCCAUUCGUUUGCAGAGGGCAAGGCAGCUUUUGAAUACCAUCAAUAAGCACUUUGGCACGCUGGCCUUUUGCCCACGCUACCUUGACUUCAUUGGAGAGCAACGGUACUCUUUUGCACUUAAAAGUCUGUGCGACAGCGGAAUUAUAGAUGCCUAUCCGCCAUUGGUGGACGUGAAGGGCUCCUACACUGCGCAAUUCGAACACACUAUUCUGUUGAGGCCCACUUGCAAAGAAGUUCUUACUCGUGGAGAUGACUACUAGCUACUUUGAACAAUAAUAAACACAAUGCAGUUAUUGCGUGGCCAUAACCAUGU